AUGUACCGCGGUGUAAAUGAAGCGGUAGAGCGACACGAGGUGUGCGGUGUGAGUGGCGGCCGCCGUGAGCCGUACGGUACGACAGCGCGAGGGUCGAUUGCUCCUUCCGGUCCGCAGCCGGUUUUAAUUUCCCGCGCGAGGCGGUGGCGCGUUAAGUUUAAACGGCCGGAGAUGAGCCGCACACGUACUAAUAUCAUGCACGGCCCGGGCCGUCGCCAUAGCGACGCACACUCUUAUGACGUAACGACCGCCGUCAUAUUCCCGCGAUCUUUUUGCGUGUUGACUCAAUCGUGUGUUGUCACAUCAAGCGUGGAAUCUGGCGAGUUUACGCGGCGGCCGGUGACAAUUACGCGGUGCCGGUGCUCAUUAGUUGCGGACGCGCGGCCGCUUCAUACGAAUUCGUAUCGAUCGGAGCGUCGCUCGGUCUCAGCUAAUGAGAGCGGGAUUUACUACUCAUUAUCCACUUGUGUUGGUGCCCGGGGCGCGAUGAAGACGUCGCGGGGUCGCGGAGCCGCAGGCGCACAAUUUGCCGGCGAGCGGGCAGCGCCGCGCCGCCACACGCCAUGGUUGGGUCGUGGCUCUAUGUUCGUUCUGUCCGAGGCGCAGGCGCGUGCACUGCUCCGCACUACGGGGCACGGCAUCGGCGCGGGCGCAUUAGUCGAUGUCGGCGCGGGAGACGGUGAGGUCAGCCGACGUUUCGCACAUAUCUACCCGCACAACUACGCCACUGAAAUAUCAGCCAGCAUGAGAAAGACAUUAGCUGAGAAGGGAUACAAACUCCUGGAUACGGAGAAAUGGCACCACUACCGCCAGUUCGACUGUAUUUGCAUGCUGAACCUUUUGGACCGGUGCAGCAAGCCGAAGACCAUGCUGAAGCAAGCUAGGGACGCGCUGGCGCCCGGUGGAGUACUCAUGUUAGCGCUGGUCCUGCCGUACAAGCCAUAUGUGGAAGUUACGUCGGAUCAUAAACCUGAAGAACGUCUGCCGAUUGAAGGAGCUUACUUCGAAGAUCAGCUGGCUGCCUUCGUGAAAUUCAUGCGUGAGGAGGCUGGCUUCGAGCUGGUGUCCUGGACACGAGCCCCUUAUCUCUGCGAAGGAGACUUUGCUCAGGCUUACUAUUGGCUCGACGAUUCCGUGUACGUGUUCAAACCUACCGCAGUAGACCCCACCACUUAAACAACAACGAAUAUUAUACUCAAGCGUCUUAAACCUCGUAAAAUAUUAAGUAACAUUUUUCAUUUAUAAAGAAGUUUUUAAAACAAUCUUUUGAAUGUUAGUGCGUAACGCGAUAGUGCAGUAUACGUUUCUGAAAUUGGAAACAAAAUGUACUACUUAUUAUAAAUAAUAUACUUACAUUUUAUAAGAAUUUGUAUUAAAACAGACUUUUGGAAACUUAACCAUGGUAUUAGAAUUUUUGUACUUACAUUAUAAAUGUAAAAUAAUCAGUAUCGUAUACUGUAUGCGCUUGCACAUACGGGUUUACUGUAAGGUUGGUUAGAUUAAGAAGUUUCAAUUUCGUCCUACUUUGCUAAGGUGACUUUCUCGCAAGCCAGUACAGCUUUUGCAAAGCAAAAACAUCAAUU